GCAUUUCGGUUUAUAUUCGCAGCUCAGUUUACUUCCGAGUCGUGAAUGUCAGAGAUUGUCAGUCUGUAGGUGUCCGCGUAAUUUUGUGUCUAUAGUGGUGUGUAGUGCGUGUAUAUUUCUACAAUAUGUGUUAAAUUUUCCCAAAGAUGCCACCAAAUUGAAAAAAUUUCCGUGUUCUCUCAUAAAUCAUGGAUAACUAAGAGUGCCCCCAUAUCGCGCCACUAUGGGUUCGAGGAUACGCGAGAACGUGAAACACUUCUUUGAGUGUUUUUGCGAAGUGGUGCCCCCCACGGCUGAUAAGGAAGCCUGGAUUAUCCAACAGUACCCCGACAAAUACAAAGAUGAAGAGGUGCUUAAAGCAGUACCCAAAUUUGCAUAUCCUUACAAAUUCGAAAAUUCGGUGAUCCAGCACUACUCUUUCGUACUGACUGAUUUGGAGUCGAAAUGGACGUUCGGGUUUUGUAGGCACGACCCACGGUCAGAGACUGCAAUUGUAGUCCUUAGUUAUCUUCCUUGGCACCAAGCGUUUUAUAAAUUUUUAGAUAACAUAGCAGUAUUAAUGACCAGUCCACGAUCGGAAGACUUGAGCGAGUUCUUAUCAGCGGUGUACACCACGAAGAUAGCGGAUCCUAGUAAAUUUUUCACCGUUCCUUUUAAUAGAGGAGAAAGUACUUUUUCGGUCGAGGUUCCCAAACCGUUCCAGCUGCCGAGCAUACCGGAAAACAGAAACCUCACCGAGUAUUACAAUGCGGUCGAUUCACACAACAUGAUGAUAAUCUUUGCUUCGAUGUUGUACGAAAGGAGGAUAAUCUUCACGUCGAAGAAACUAACGAGACUGAGCGCUUGUGUGCAAUCGGCAAACGAUGUCAUCUAUCCGAUGAUAUGGCAACAUAUCUUCAUACCGGUGCUACCUAUGGCACUGAUUGAUUAUUUGUUAGCACCCAUGCCUUUCCUUAUUGGUGUACCUGAUGAAGUGAUGAAGAAAGUGCAAAGGCACGAAAUUGGCGAAGUGGUCAUUUUGGACGCUGACGCGAACACCGUAAGCACUCCGUUCGACGAUCUCAACAAUCUACCCCAAGAAGUUAUCACGUCUCUGAAACGACAAUUGAAAAAUAAGUCAGCCCUAUUGGGUGACGGCGUGUCGAGAGCUUUUCUGCGUGCUCUGGUUCAAUUAAUUGGCGGAUAUCGGGACGGAUUAAGGAUACAAGAAGCUCAGAAGAUUACCUUCGAUCAAGAGAAGUUCAUCGAAACGAGACCCGUCUCGUUCCAGCCUUUCCUUAGGGAGAUGCUGCAUCUGCAGAUCUUCCAACAGUUCAUCGAGGAAAGACUGGCGAUGUUAAACAACGGCCUCGGUUUUUCCGACGAAUUCGAGAUGGAAACUUUCCGAUACUCUGUGCAGUCAGGCUCCAAAUUAAAACAACAGUACAAAGACUGGACGUCCACGAUGAAAAAAGAAGGUUCCGCUUUUUUCAAAAGUGUAAAAGAGAAGGCUAACCCGGCUGUUAAGUCCGCUGUCAAAACGGUGAAGGAUGGCGGUAAGGGUAUGAAAAGUGCCUACCGAGGUCUCCGCUCCCGCUUGAAAGAGAACCAAGGACCUCAGCAGCUUCAAAACGGCCUGGACAGUCCGAACGACAAACCUCGUUCAGCCCCCAACUCGCCAACAGGCAAACGACGGACAUUCGGCGGUAUCAUUGUUCCGACGGCCAACCACCGGAAAGACGGGACGACGUUAUCGUUCAAAAGUUCAGGAUUCGAAAGGUCAUACAGCCCUCUCAGUCCCACCUCCCAGCCCAUAUCACCUGAUGAACUGGAUCCAUCCCGCAGUGGCAGCCCGAAUUUGGAGUUCCCCAGGAUCGACUUGAUGAACGAAAUGAAGGAUUUAUUGCAGCUACGGCUGGACACCCCUCCAGUCGACAGAUCCUUAAAACCGGUCCGUAGCUUGGAGAACUUCAAACAGCACUCGUCGCCGACGUCCAGCAGCCCCGAUCGGUGGGUGUUCCCGUCGCGCACCGGUGCCCCCAUGGCAUCGCCUCCCAAACGUUUCUUCCUCCCCAACAAUCCCUCCCUCUCUCAGGAGACCCAGAACCUCCUCCAGUCCCCCGACGACGUGUUCUCCUCCCCGCCCGUCCCGCCCCGCGUCCCGCCGCCGACGUCGUCGUUGUCACGUGACCAGCCCAAGGACCUGUUCGGCACGACGCCGUUCGUGGUCGGCGGCGGUCACAGCGAGAACGGCGACCCACUCUUCCUCGUAGCUAAUCAACAUUCCAUUGAUAUUGUGAAACUGUCGCCGCCGACUUGUUCGCCAAGGCGGAAGCCUGAAGACAUGGAAGACUUGAUUCGUUUGGAUUCUGCAUCGGACAUCGAUGACUUUGAUCCUUUGAAAUCGAAUUCUUACAGCUCUAGUGCUCCUGCACCGCUCAGUUUAUCGAAUCCAUUGUACACCUACGAGAAUCACAAUACCAAGCAGAACGGUUCGGUGCCCAGCAGGAAUGAUCAAGAUCUACUCCAGGAGUAUGGCUUAGAUUUUAAGAGUUUUUCAAGUGUACAAAAUCAACAAAUAUUCGAUCCAUUUGCUAGCACUAGUGCGACAAGUAACAAAGUCAAUUCUCAAAGUCAGUGGACUAGAUUUGAUUGAAAAGUGAUAUUAAAAGAGUUUUAUACAAUUUUUAUCAGUGUGCAAGAUGUUUUUAUUUACAAAUUUUAUUUAUACAUGUAUGUAAAUUUUGGCGAAAGUUAUUGCAAGUUACGUAAUUUAAAUUAUAAUUUUUUUAACGUGUACGUUUCCUGAUGAUAUUGUAAUUAGGUAAUAAGAAACGUGAGCAUACCUAAAGAUGAAGACUACUCCGUUACAAAGGGAAAUUCUAGAAUUAGCUGUGAUAAUCAUCAAGUUGUUUACGUUGAGAUCAUUUUAAAUCGAUUUAUUUUGUUAUUAGUUGUAUGCACAUGAAUACAGUAAAGGCAUCAUUUUGGUUUAUCGUGAAUAUCGGCACGUAAGAAGGGCUCGUCGACCAAUAGAAACACGAAAGUAACAAUUGAAAAUUUUAUUACGUCAUAUGGAACUUAAAUAUAGGCUAAGCUAUAAUACUGUGAUUGUAACUGUAUAUUCACCUGAUUAAAAAUGUAAAUGCCUCCAUAA